UUCGAUGUGACGUAGUGUGGGAGGCGUUGGCCGGCCGGUGUCACCGUCUGUCUGGAGAACCGGAGACAGACAACACGACCUUUGAGAAUACCGUUAUUCUGUGAGCGGAACCGGAUUCAACCAAGAGAAAUACUCUGACUUGUAGUUUUUAUUUGUACCACCACUUCAGUCCCCUACCCGAACCUGUCGAAAUGAUCAAGAACGGCCACCACGCCACCGACGACCAGCGAGAUGAAGCCGGUUGCACUAAGCCUGAGGGAGCUUCCGUGUGCAGCCCGGAGAAAAGGAAGCGGGUGGUCCGGUUGUGGUGUGACGGCUGUUAUGACAUGGUGCACUAUGGUCACUCCAACCAGCUGCGGCAGGCCAAAGCAAUGGGAGAUUACCUCAUAGUUGGAGUGCAUACAGAUGCUGAGAUUUCCAAGCAUAAGGGUCCUCCGGUCUUCACUCAAGAAGAACGCUACAAGAUGGUACGGGCCAUCAAGUGGGUGGAUAAGAUAGUAGAAGGAGCGCCUUACGUCACCACCCUGGAGACUCUGGACAAGUACAACUGUGACUUCUGUGUGCACGGAGAUGACAUCACGCUGACGGUAGAUGGUAAGGACACAUAUGAAGAGGUGAAGCGCGAAGGCCGUUACCGGGAAUGUAAGCGCACGCAGGGCGUCUCCACCACUGACCUGGUGGGACGAAUGCUUCUCAUGACCAAAGCCCAUCACAGCAACAUGGAUAACCCAGAUUACCAGCAGCAUACAGACAACUUUGGAAAAGGUCCUAAAGGCCACAGUCCAUGGACAGGAGUGUCUCAGUUCCUCCAGACGUCCCAGAAGAUCAUCCAGUUUGCCUCAGGAACAGAGCCUCAACCCGGAGACACCAUCAUCUAUGUGGCCGGGGCAUUCGACCUCUUCCAUAUUGGCCAUGUUGACUUCCUAGAGAUGGUCUAUAAGCAGGCGGAGAGGCCCUACGUCAUCGUAGGUCUGCACUUUGACCAGGAAGUGAAUCGGUACAAGGGGAAGAACUAUCCAAUCAUGAACAUCCACGAGAGAACGCUGAGUGUCCUGGCCUGUCGGUAUGUGUCAGAGGUGGUGAUUGGGGCACCCUAUGCAGUGGGCAAAGACUUGCUGGAUCAUUUUAAGGUGGACCUGGUGUGUCAUGGCAAGACUGAGGUGUUUCCAGACAAGGAUGGGUCAGACCCCUACGCUGAGCCUAGGAAGAGGGGGGUAUUCAGGACCAUCAAUAGUGGGAACAAUCUCACCACUGAUGACAUUGUCCAGAGGAUAAUUGAAAACAGGCUGCAGUUUGAAGCCAGGAACCAAAAGAAGGAGGCCAAGGAGAUGGCGGUGAUUGAGGCGAUGAAGAGGAAAGAACAGCAGGACCAAAGUGAAGCUGCAGCCCAGGCUGCUCACUAGUUAGACCUCAGACCUGGUUCUGUGUCUUCCGCAUCCUGGUACACACAGCUUUAAGAGAGUGGACACCACUGACCCAGAUGGACGGUCCAUGUUGUCCUAAACUGGACCUGGCUGGGUGAAACAACCCAGUAAGUCUCUACCAGUCAACAGUGUGUCAUACACGCUGCUAGUUUAGCUUCACUGUCUUCACUUAUACAGACUACUCCAGCCUAGAAUACAUCUGCCUCGACAAGAACACAAAGAAUCCGAACACUUAACAUGCUACCAUUCAACCUGCAAAGUCCCCUCAAACCCCUCAUUCUCCACAGAGAACUUUUAAUGUUAUCUUCUCUCAUGUAUUGUUUUUGUCACUGAAAUCACACACUACAUGUUUCUGUAUAGACGUAGAAGGGGUAUAUUAAGUUUGUAAUAAGCCAUAACUUAUUGACAAAAUGUUAAUGUCCAUAAUGUUUUUAGAUUUUAAAGCAUAUUUUAAUGAUCAGUCUUAGAAGUGUCAUCAGUAACAUUUUUAAUACACUCAGAAAACGUAGAUUUAUUUUCAUCACUCUCACUAUAUUUUUGUCCAAUCUGAAAAAAUGUAUUAGUACAUUAAAUGGCCUGUGAAGUAGUCUUUUAAUUUUAACUGUGGAUUUUUAACUACCUGAAUUUGCACCGUGUGUGUGUGUGUGUGUGUGUGUGUGUGUGUGUGUGUGUGUGUGUGCGCGUGCGCGUGUGCGUGUGUGUGAGCGAGAGUGUGUGUGUGAGUGAGUGAGUGAGUGAGUGAGUGAGUGAGAGAGAGAGAGAGAGAGAGGUAAGUGAGUAUGUGCGCUGUAAAAGACAGUAGUGCCUCAUUCCCAAAGCUAUCCUGUAACUAAUGUAAGGGCUGUGACUUGUAUAAAAAAAAUCUAUACCAGAGUGUUUCUACAUUUCUCGCUAAAGUUGUAUUUCUUUCCUUAGUCUGCUUCCAAGAAAUGAAAACUAAAAAGUCUUUUAUCCUUCGAACUGUCAAACUGCUUCUGCAACUCUUUAUAGAUUGCAGAAGGUCACUCUCUGUUGCUUCUCCUGUUGAAUUGGGCAUAGCACCUGGAGGUGAAUUGUUAAUGCUGCGUUUGUAAAGUGUGUCUGUGGGCUGGAAGGCUGAGAAAUAAAUACAUUUCUAAAUGUCAGAUAGUGGGGAUUUUCACAACCUUUCAAUCAAUGUAUCCCAAUGUGUAAAUUCCCACUUUAAUAAAUAAACUGGUAAUAUUGCA